UAUACUACGAUGGAUGUCCAAUGAGAUUAGAGUCUUGAGAGAGAGAGAGAGAAAGUGAAGAGGCUAAAGCGAUUUCAACCUCCCCUCCGUCGUCGCCGUCCUUGGACCCCGUACUUACCGCAACUUCUCUCUUCUUUCUGUGAAAAAAAAGCCGAUAGAUUUUUCUCUUACACAACUUCGUCCUCCUCCUCAAGCUAAAAUUUUGUUUCUUCGGGAAGAUUUCAUGCAAAUGGAGUUUGAAGAACAAGAAGAAGCUCACAAGUUCACUCCUGACAACUAUCUUGUCUUGGAGCAGGUUAGAAGAGGCAAGUCUACUUCCGAUUUCGUGCUUCUUCACAGAAUCGACGACAAAAAGUAUGCAAUGAAGAAGAUAUGUCUUGCUAAACACACUGAGAAAUUAAAGCAAGUCGCUUGCCAAGAGAUGAAAACGCUCUCAAAAUUAAACAAUCCUUAUAUCGUGGAAUAUGAAGAUUCUUUGAUUGAUGAGGACAAUAACGCCUGCAUUUUUACUGCUUACUGUGAGGGAGGGAACAUGGCUAAUGCUAUCAAGAAAGCCAGAGGAAAGUUAUUUCCAGAGGAGAGAAUCUUUAAAUGGUUAGCACAGUUGUUACUGGCUGUUAACUAUUUGCAUUCAAACCGUGUACUUCACAUGGACCUUACGUGCUCAAACAUUUUCCUUCCAAAACAUGAUCACGUCCAGCUUGGUAACUAUGGUUUGGCGAAACUCAUCAAUCCAGAAAAGCCUGCUUCCUUGGUUCCAGGAAUUGCUAACAGCAUGUGCCCUGAGGUUCUAGAAGAUGAGCCAUAUGGGUAUAAAUCUGACAUAUGGUCACUAGGUUGCUGUAUGUAUGAAAUUACAUCACACCAGCCUGCGUUUAAAGCUCCGGAUAAGGCUGGGCUAAUUAACAAGAUAAACAGAUCUCUGAUGUCUCCUCUUCCCAUUGUCUACUCCUCCACCUUGAAGCAGAUGAUAAAGCUUAUGCUUAGGAAGAAGCCUGAACAUCGGCCAACAGCCUGUGAAUUGCUAAGGAACCCUUGUCUGCAACCAUACCUCCUCAAAUGCCAAAACCUGUCUCCUAUCUAUCUUCCUGUCUUCCCCAUCAACAGCCCUAAGGACAAGGCGAGAAGAUGUUCGCUGCCAGGCAAGUUUGUGAAGGAGAGAGAAGAAGAGAGGGAGAAGAGCGAGGUGUCUCGCAGCUUGGAGAACUUAUAUCCGUUUUGGACCAAAGCAGAGACUGGUUCUAGCAGCUCAUCUCAACCAGCAUCAUCCACAAAUGAAACAGAUGACAAGCCUGAGACAAAACGAAUUGAUCCAAGCUGCCAUGCGCUGAAGGUUUCUGAGCCUACUACAGAGAAGCAGAAGGAUGAUGUGCCAAAAGAAUGGGAAAAUAUGCUCUCAGAAGAAUCUCAGUUACUUGAUGUUGAUGUGGAGAUUGUGAGUGCACAAGAAGGUUUAUGUUUCACUCAAGCAGAAGCAGAAGCUCAGGAGGCAAAGGAUCAGAGAAAGCUGUCUGAAGUUGUAGUAGCAGAAAGUGGAAGCGUUGAGGUGGAGGAGGAGGAAGAAGCAAAGACGGUGAAGCUAACGGCGAGUGAGAUGUCUUCUGUGCUGAGCAAGCUGAGGAAUCUAGGACCACCGCAGAGCAAAGAAAGAGCAGAUGCGUUGGAGUGUUUGCUGGAGAAAUGCGCAGGGCUUGUGAAGCAAGAGAAGUAUGAAGAGCUUGCUGGUUUGCUCACACCGUUUGGUGAAGACGGUGUUUCUGCUAGGGACACUGCUAUUUGGUUCGCAAAGACGCUCUUGUCUUCUUCUUCUGACAAACUCAACCAAGGAACCUGAUUUGAGUUUUGAGUUUGAGAAAAAAAAAACAUUUUUCUUUUAUUUGUCAAAUAUGUAGAAAUCUUUUUUUUCUGAUUGCUUUUCCAAUUUUUAGUUUGUGAACACUCUGUUUUUCUAUGUAAUAUCUACUGCAACUAAGUUAUAUAUUUGAAUGUGAGCUAGUUUUCUCUUA